AUGUCAGAUGGACACAGCGGCCUUCCUGGUACGGUGGAGGAGGUUGCCGCUGAGGUGCCCAAGACGCAACGGCUAUUUCCUAUAUUCGCCAAAGGUCGGAAGACGGUGCACCUGGUGAGGCACGGUCAAAGCACGUACAACGAGGCGAUCAGCGGACCAGGUUCUUGGAACGAGCCCAACAUAUUCGAUGCUCCCCUGACCAAGCUCGGCAGGAGCCAGGCGACGGCGCUCGGAUCUUUUCUGGCCAAGCUGCCGAAGGAUGCAGUGUGGGUGACGUCUCCCCUCACUCGAGCCAUGGAGACGUGUGUGUACGGAUACAAAGCUAGCUUGCAGGUGAAAGCGGCGCAGAGGAGAAAGGCUGCAUCGAUGAGAGAGGCGGCGAUCGGCCUAGCUUCCCAUCAAAAGACUGGGAGUGGUCUGCCACCUUCCGGCCGGCGCAGGAGCAGGCUGUCCAACGGAGGGUUGCCGAGUGGCGUGGGGACGUCGCGCGCAAGUGACGAGAACGGGUACCUGGACGGCGAUCCGAUGUUGGGCACGACACCCGCGCCGAACAGGAUCGACGAAAUCGACGAGCCGGGCUCGAGGGAUGCGGGCGCUGUGAGUGGCGGAAAGUAUCCCGCGGCAGUGGCCAACGGCUAUGGGGAGGAGAGGACUCCGGCACCAGUUCGUGAGCCACUGCGAACUGUGGGGUCGGAUCUUGGUGAGCUCGCGCCGGAUGCCAACGGGGCUUCACCGUGUGAUAGCGAUCUCGAUCAGGCUGAGAUGAUGGCGUGGGGCGAUAAGGUGUUCGUCAGCCACCAUCUCUCUGAGAAGCUGAGCACGUCGGGUGAUAUUGGUCGGUGCAAGGGUGUUCUCAUGAACGAGUUUCCCCUCCUCGCCGGGGGUUUGUCCCGGCUUCCCGGUGACGUCUGGUGGUAUAACCAGCACCACAGGCCGAACGACGCGGAGCGUCAGCAGUUCUUGUCCCACGAACCGACUCAAAAAUUCAAGGAUCGCGUCGAGAGGUUCCGCAGCUGGCUGACCAGCCGUGAUGAGAAGGUGUUUGUCGUGUUUGGGCACUCGACGUUUUUCAAACAGCUCACCGGCGGGCACAGGAGCCUAAAGAACUGCGAGGGUGACUCAGCGGCGACCCUGCUGGCGAAGCUCCAGGCUCGCAACAGGGUCGAGGUGGACGCAUUCAGAGCCGUGUUUGAGGCUCACGCCGGGGCGCAACGUCAGGCUCGGGUUCUGCAAGAGCGUGUGGCCACGCUCAACCGCCGGUGCGCGGAGCUGAGCGAGGGUAAGGAAAAGGCGGAGGCUGACCUCAAGACGGCGAACGAGGCGGCGGCGAAGGGGACCGCGGUGAAGGACCAGUCGGCACGCAUCUCCGAGCUUCAGACCGAGCUCGCGGCGAGCUACAAGCAGCACGCGGAGAGCUCCCAGCAGGUCAUCGCGGCGAAGGAGCAACAGGCAAAGGCGGAAGACGAGUUGGUGACCGCCCAGAACGCACUCGCGAUCGCUGAGCGUGAGCGUGACGAGGCGCGCGAGCGCGGUUCAGAGCUGGAAGCCGCCCUCGAGGAGUUUCGAGCCGCGGCGGAGACGGCAACGUCGGAGGCGGAGGCGAGGCUGUUGGCACGGAACGAGGCCGUCGCGAAGGCCGAGGCGAUGGAGACUGAGAACGCGUCACUGGUUGAGAGACUGAUGCAGAUGAAAAUGGCGGAGGCGGAGAAGAUGAACGAGAUAAACGACCUGUACGACGACCUGCAGCGACAGAAGAAGUCGGCGGAGAUGAGGGCGAUUGCUUCAGACCUAUCUGCCGCGUCUGCCGAGAGCAUGUCAUCGCUCGCCGCGGCGGUGGGUGGUGCGAACGCGUUUGGAAGUGUGUAUUUCCCCGCACGCAAGCGUCUCGCCAUAAGGGCCAACGUCGGAGGAACGCAUCGCGUGGCAUUCACCCCAGGAGGCGACGUGUUGGCCACAGCCGGGGAUGAUAGGACCGUGGCAUUGUUUGACGCCGGGUCUGGGAACCCGACGGGUCCUGAACGACUGACGGCUGCAACCGGGGCGCUACUCGAUGUGGACUUUUCCGGCGGCGACAGCGGUGGAGCGGGAUCUGAUGUGCUGAUGGUCCUUGGAGCUGGGACAGAUCGAGCGUUGCGUCUAUGGGACGCAACCACGGGCAGGACGCGUCACACCCUCACUGGCCACGCUGAAAAGGUUGUUUCUGCCAAGUUCUGCCCAUGGAACUACGCGAGGGCGGUGUCAUGCUCUCACGACCGCACUAUAAAGGUCUGGGAUCUGGAGCGAGGUUUCUGUAAGGCGAGCAUCAUGUGUGCGAGCAAUUGCAACUCAGUAACAUAUGGCGAAAGCGCAGCAGUGGUUAUCAGUGGUCACUACGACGGCGCCGCGAGGAUUUGGGAUCUCAGGCAAAAGCCCGGGGGCGCGUGUGAUCCCGUGGAGGUUCGCGGACAUUCGCAGCAUGUGACAGCGGUGACGAUGAUGCCGACAAACCGCGGCCAAUUCAUCACUAGCAGCCGUGACAACACGCUCAAGCUUGUUGACUUGAGGAGCGGUCGGGCCGAGGUGGUGCGUACCCUCAAGGCGAGCGGUUACCGUAGUGGUACGCAGUGGGCGAAUCCAUGCGUUGCGCCUGAUGGACGACACGUGGUCGCGGGUGGAGCCGACGGUGGCGUGUUCGUGUGGAACCUCAUCGACGGCGGACUCAAGGUCACGCUGCGCGGGCACGACGUCGCUGUGGCCACAUGCGCGUGGUCUCAGAGUGGGCUAGUGACGGCCGAUAAGAACGGUGUCGCCAUUGUUUGGUCGGGGUAA